CUCCUUUGGCUUUGAAUGAAGGAGCAAAAGACAGGAAGUGACGUCACCGGAGACCGGAAACAAUUCUUCGGGAGCGCCGGCGAAGCCAGUUCCGCUUCCGAGGUCGGAGGUUGGGCGUCGCUGAGAGAGGCACCGGGACGGGCGAGCGAAGCGAACGAAGCGGCCAGGAUGUUAAUCAAAGUGAAGACGCUGACCGGGAAAGAGAUAGAGAUUGAUAUCGAACCGACGGACAAGGUGGAAAGAAUAAAAGAGCGGGUGGAAGAAAAGGAAGGCAUCCCGCCGCAACAGCAGCGACUCAUCUACAGCGGCAAGCAAAUGAACGAUGAGAAAACAGCCGCCGACUACAAGAUCCAGGGCGGCUCCGUCCUUCACUUGGUUCUAGCCCUGCGUGGAGGUCUGCGAUGAUGGCGCCCCCGGCACCCGCCGCGCCACCCCACCUUUCCCUAAAGCCCCCGGAUGUGGGUGAGCCUCACCCCCCUCCCCACUCGAGGCGUCGUGGGAGGCCCGUCGGGUUCGAGCGCAUCCCGCCGCUUUCCGUCUCUCCCGAAUCCCAGGAGGGGAACUGCCUGACACCGCCGCCUCCCCGGAAGUCUCUUCCUUUGCAAGUUGUCUUUGGGAGAGGUUUGGGGGGGGAGGGAUUGUGUUUUGGGGGAACGGGGUGCUCUUUUAAGUUAUCGGGGUGCAGCCUCCGUCUCGCUGCAUGUGCUGGUUUUUGCCACCCGGGUCCCCAAGUGUCUUUCCCCACUAUCCUCGUCAUUUCGUGGCUAAUAAAUGUUCAAUAAACGUUUCACAAUCUUCA